AGCUUCCAACCUCAUAAUAGCACAGCCUGCUGGGUACUCAGGGCCCCUCCCCUGGACCUCCUGCCUGCUCAUUUAUUUUCUCUCUAUUCAAGGGCAGAAAUGUGUGGUUCAAUGGAGGCCUUAGCCACCCUUACCACCAAGGUACCAAACUCCUCCCAAGCCCGGUAAACCCUAGGACCCACACUGUCUGACCUAGUGCAGCUGGAGAGCUUUAAAAAAAAGUCCAUUUGAAUGUAUGAGCUAUUGACAAGCUCCCAGGAUGGAAACUAACUACCUAAAGAGGUGCUUUGGAAAUUGCCUGGCCCAGGCACUGGCAGAGGUGGCAAAGGUUCGGCCAAGUGACCCAAUAGAAUACCUGGCUCACUGGCUUUAUCAUUAUGGGAAAACAGUGAAAGCAAAAGAAGAGAAUAGGCAAGAGAAGAUCCAGCUGCAGGAGGAAUAUGACAGUAGCCUUAAGGAAAUGGAAAUGACAGAAAUGCUGAAACAAGAAGAGUAUCAGAUUCAACAGAAGUGUGAAAAGUGUCACAAGGAACUGACUUCAGAAACUGUUUCCACGAAGAAGAAUAUAUUCAUGCAGGAGGACACAGAUUCCCUUGAGAAGGCGGCUUUGAAGCAGGAAUUCCAUACAAGGCCUUCCAGUAUGAUUCCAGGAAUGCCUCAACAGGUUCCUCCUUCAGAGUCUGCUGGCCAGAUUGACUGGAACUUCAAAAUGUUAGAAGACAUAAAUUACCAGGAGGCUUUUCAGCAUGAAGUUGCUCAUGAAAUGCCUUCUGGCUCCAAAUCUCCUUAUUAGGUUAACAGAAAGUAGAUGCUUCUGAUUUAUUUCUCUCAAAGCUGGAAGCCAAGAAAAUGGCCAGCUAGAAUCAAGAUUUAAGGGGCUGUGAAAGAAGAGUUCUACAGGGACUCUCCAGCCUACUCCUGUUCUGAAAACCCUUAAUCAUGUGAAAAUUUGAACUAGUUUUAGGAUAAACUAAACUCAGAGUAAUGAUUUAAAAUAAGUAACUAAAUGGGUGUAACUUUUCCCUCUUGUUUUAUCAAUGUCUUGGAGACUACACAGUGAAAACACAUCUGUCUCAUGUGUUCAUGUCUUAGCUUUUGCUUCACUUCACAGUCAGGUUCUUAGGUAUUUUUUACACAUAUCCUAGAGUCUACCUAUGUCACUGAUAGCAGGCAUUUUUCUUCAACGUUUUACAUUACCAAUUUUUAAAAUACCUUUUUCCAAUUUUUGUUAAUUGUGGUAAAACACAUAUAAGACUUACCAUCUUAACCAUUUUUAAGUGUACAGGUCAGUGAUAUUAAGUAGAUUCAUAUUCUUGUGCCACCAUCACCACCACCCAGCUCUAAAACUCUUUGAUCUUGCAAAACUGAAACUCUAAACCCAUUAAAAAAUAACUUGCCAUUUCUCCCUCUCCCCAGGCCCUGGCAAUCACCAUUCUCCUUUCUGUGCCUGUGAUUUAGAGUACUCCAUAAUUAUGUCAUAUCAAUAGACUCAUAUAUUUGUCUUUUCUAUGACUGGCUUAUUUCACUUAGCAUAAUGUCCUCGACAUUCAUUCAUAUUGUAGCAUGUGUCAGAAUUUCCUUCCUUUAUAAGGUAGAAUAAUAUUUUUUAUAUGUUUAUAUGACGUUUUGCAUAUCCAUUCAUUCAUUGUCCAUGAAUGGGCAUCCAUUUAUCAAUGGACACUUUCACAUUUUAGUGAUUGUGAAUAAUGCUGCUGUGAACAUGACUCUGCAAAUAUCUCUUGAAGACCCUGUUUUCAAUUCUUUUGAGUAUGUACCCAGAAGUAGAAUUGCUGGAUCAUGUGGAAAUUGUUUUUAAUUUUUUGGGAAGCUGCCAUUCUGUUUUCCGUAGCAGCUGUACAAUGUUACAUUCCCACCAAUAGUGCACAGGGUUCCGGUUUCUUCACAUCCUCACCAACACUUGAUAUUUUGUUGUUGUUUUGAUAGUAACCAUCCUAAUGGCUGUGAGGUGGUAUCUCAUUGUAGUUUUGAUUUGCAUUUCCCUUAUAAUUAGUGAUGUUGGGUAUGUCCUUAUUGGCCAUUUGUAUAUCUUUUUUGGAAAAAUGUCUAUUCAAGUCCUUUGCCCAUUUUUUCAUUGCACUUUUUGGGGUUUUCUUGCUUUUGAGUUUUAUAAGUUUUACAUAUAUUCUGGAUGUUAAUCCUCUAUCAAAUAUAUUAUUUGCAAAUAUUUUCUCCCAUGCUGUACACAAAUGAAAUGUUGCCUUUUCACUGUGUUGGUAAUGAUGACAGGCAUUUUGAAACAGGUUAAAUAGCAGUAAACCUUAAAAGUUUGAAAAAAAUGUUUUUAAUUACUUUCUAUCUACAUUCAUUCAAAUAUGAUCUGUAUGCUAAGGACUUCAGAUUUAUGUCUUUGAUCAAAAUUCCCUGAGCUUGACUGCUUGAUGUCUCCACUUGGAGGACCAAUGGACACUUCGAACUUAACUUGCCCCAGUGGACUUUCCCUGAUAGUUUCUGUGAAGCAGUUUCUCUCCAUUCUUCCAUUUGCUCAGGCCAAAACUCUUGGUGUCUCCUUUGACUCCACCCUUUUUUGUCACCCUACAUCUGGUUUGUUGGCUUUCUAUUUAAAUAAAGCCAGAAUUCAACCACUUGAA